UAAUGUAUUCCGCGUAUGUCUUGGCUUACAUGGCUUCAUGCACAAUAAAUUGCAUUUUCUAUUCUUGGAAACGCUACCUUAGUCCUUCAGUAUAUAUAUAUAAAGCAAUAAACUGAAAAAAGUGAAUCUGCGGCUUAGACGAUUGACUUCAAGAUACGUGUAAGAAUUCUUCUCUGAGCUAAAUAAAAUAAAAUAAAAAAUAGUCUUGAACCGUGAGUGUAAUAUAUUAGGCUAUUUACAGGUCUACCUUUCUGAACCGACACCUAACCCCAACAAACCAAAUAUCCUAAAAUUCUUUAUUUUAUAUUUUUUACUCGUAACCGCAGACGAAUUCAUGACUGCUGCCUCGGAGCUGUCUCUUCAGCACCACAAUGAUGUUUUAUUCCAACUACUGCUACAGUACGUGUUGCUGCGCCGUGCUGGAGUAGACUACAAUAAGGUUUUCCAAGACUGCUUCAGUGUAGGGAUAAGACAUGAACAGAAAGCUUUGCGCUGAUCGUGAUGUUUCUUUGUUGAGGUAAAAGAGCAAAAAUUAGGACAGUGAUGCGAAUUCUUUGAUUGCAGAGGGUGGAAAAAAUGACCGCGUUGAUUAUUGGGUAAUCCCCCCAUCCAGACAUUUAAUUUCCACAAAUAACAAAACUGGCACCAGAACUAAAAACGGCUUGGAAACUACAAUCUCAAAAAGGAAAAUAAAUCUGCGGGAUUAAAUGGAGGCAAACAACUUGCUGCUUCUCAGUACACAGUAAAUAACUUAUUUCAGACCAGUUUCCUGUGUAUCUGAAUUCUGCAUCUCAGCAUGACAGGUCAGAGUCUGGAAGACCUAACAGAAGCCAAUUUUGAAAACAAUGAAAUAAGCAUAAAUGUGGGAGGAUUUAAGAAAAAGCUGCGGUGGAACACCCUGUCCCGGUUUCCCGAAACCAGGCUGGCCAGGCUGCUGAGCUGCCAGUCCAGAGAGUCUAUACUAGAACUGUGUGAUGAUUAUGAUGACACAGAAAACGAGUUUUACUUCGACAGGAACCCUGCCCUGUUCCCUUAUGUUUUAAAUUUCUACAACACCGGCAGGCUUCAUGUGAUGGCGGAGCUCUGCAUUUUCUCUUUCAGCCAAGAGAUAGAAUACUGGGGCAUAAACGAGUUCUUCAUUGACUCCUGCUGCAGCACCAUGUACCAUGGCAGGAAAAUAGAGCCAGAACAAGAAGACUGGGAUGACAAAAGCGAAGAAGAGAGCACCACAUCUUCCUUCGACGAGAUCCUUGGCUUCUACAAUGAUGCUUCUAAGUUUGAUAAUCAGCCCCUGGGGAAUAUCAGAAGGAGGAUCUGGUUAAUGCUGGACAACCCUGGCUAUUCUAUCCCGAGUAGGAUAUUCAGCUUCCUUUCAAUAUUGGUGGUCCUGGGGUCUAUAGUUACCAUGUGUAUGAACAGUAUGUCUGACUUUCAGAAAUUUGACAGUGAAGGGAACCCAGUAGAGGACCCCAUGUUUGAAAUGGUGGAGCACUUUGGAAUUGGGUGGUUCACUUUUGAGCUGGUGGCAAGGUUCGCAGUUACACCAGAUCUCCUCAGAUUCUUUGAACACCCUUUAAAUCUCAUAGACCUGAUGUCAAUCUUACCUUUUUAUCUGACUCUCUUCAUCAACCUGGUGGUAGAAAGCAGCCCGGCUCUUGCAAAUCUUGGACGUGUGGCUCAGGUUCUAAGACUCACAAGGAUCUUCCGGAUCUUGAAACUUGCUAGACAUUCAACAGGGCUCAGAUCCCUUGGAGCCACCCUCAAGAACAGUUACAAAGAGCUCGGCCUCCUUCUGCUGUAUUUGUCUGUUGGGGUCUCCUUUUUCUCGGUGGUGGCCUACACCAUUGAAAAAGAAGAAAAUUAUGGACUGACCACCAUCCCUGCCUGCUGGUGGUGGGCCACGGUCAGCAUGACCACAGUGGGUUAUGGAGAUGUGGUCCCAGGAUCCAUAGCAGGCAAGAUAACUGCAUCUGCCUGCAUAUUAGCAGGGAUCCUGGUGGUAGUGCUUCCCAUCACACUCAUUUUCAACAAGUUUUCCCACUUCUACAAAAGACAAAAGCAACUGGAAUCUGCAAUGAGGAGCUGUGACUUUGACGAAGGAAUAAAGGAGGUGCCUUCUAUUAAUCUGAGGAACUAUUACGCACACAAGGUGAAAUCCUUAAUGGAAAGCCUUUCAAAUAUGAGCCGGAUUUCACCCAGUGAACAGAGCCUUAAGAAUUCAAUACUUUGAAGGUGAACAAAGCAAAGGUCAGCGUUAGAGGUAGUGUACUUCACUUCCUAAUAUUUCAUUUAAAACGGGAUGCAUGGACGGGGGAACCUGUUAUGUAAAACUGAGGUUAAAAAAAAAAUGAAACUGGUACUUCAUGUUCACUUGGAAAGAUUGUGUAGAGAUUUACCCAACUAAAAGACAUCAGCAAAUUGGAAUAGAUUUUUAAUACAUGAGGAGCAUCUCCAAAUGCAGUGGCUACUACAUAGUUAAAAAUGAUAUUAUAAUUUUUUGGAACAAAUGUAAAUGUAUGUUUUAUGUUUUGACAGUAUAAAGAAAUAAUGUAUAGCAAAGGCAAUUCCGUAUUGACAAUGGACUGAAGAAAGACAGUUGGAUCAGUAACUUCUUGUUCAAGCAAAUUAAAAUUAUAAAAUGGUAUAUCUGAAUAUAAGUAAAUGGGCAGUAUUUUAUAUCCAGUUCAUCAAAUGCAUUAUUCACCUAAUUAAAAAAUCACCUGUUUAUAGAAAAGCAGUGAGCAGAAUUGUAUAUUGAAAAACGUGGGGCUUGUCCUCUUGGAGUUGCCAGCAACAAACGAGGUGUUGAAUCAAACGUACAAGCAACAUGUACUUUUACAAGCAGCUAAAAACGGGUUCAUUUUGUGUUAGUUUUACCAUUAUAAGUGUUUACCAUAGUAAGAGCAUAGCAAAGUGUAAUAAAGCAAUGUGAAAGCAUGGUAAAAUAUAAGUAGGCAUUGCAAAGCCCAGAGCAGUAUGGUAAAGCAAAUUUAAAAACAUGCAUAGUAUAUCCAUGGGAAAACUGCAAAAGUUCCAUGCAAAAAUACCAUGGUUAAAAAAAAAAAAAAAAAAUGUAUAGCCUUUGUUCCAUAAAAGUAACUAACAGGUUGGUAAUUAUUUUUUGUGUUGGUCUUUUCAGUAUGCUAGUAUUUCACAUGUGUGAUUCACUGCCCUGUAAACAAAGCUUUCAAGUUACUUUGUACAAUAGUGUACUGCACUGACAGCUUGCUGGCUCAUAAUGAUAUCCAGCUGUUGUAUUAAAUCGAGAUAAUUUGUAGUAUAAGAGCACCUGUGGGUUACUUCUGACCAUUUCAUAAAAAUGUACAGUCGUGAUAAAAGGUAUUUUUCAACAAAAUUAUUUAAAGGCUUGUCAAGAUUCAGAUCAGUGGGGGCUCCAGAGUGGCGCAUACAGUAAAGGCACUCCACGUGGAGUGCAAGAUGUGCCCUAUAGCCUGGAGAUCGCUGGUUCGAGUCCAAGUUAUGCCAUUGCCGAUCAUGGCCGGGAGUUCCUAGGGGGCGGCACACAGUUGGCCGAGCGCUGCCCGGGUGGGGAGGGUUCAGGUCGGCAGGGUAAUCCUCGGUUCACCGCGCACCAGCAACUCCUGUGGCCGAUAGGGCGCCUGUGGGUCUGCUGUAGAAGCCACUCAGAUCUGUGUUGUCCUCCUGCACUAUGGGUCUGGUGGCUUCGCUGUAGACCUGCAGUGCGAAAAGACGGCUUGGCAGGACACGGGAUAAUAACUGGGCAUUCCAAAUUGGGGAGAAAACCGGGGUAAAAACCAUUGGCGACGACCAAAUAAAAAAAUUAAAAAAUAAAUAAAUAAAAUAAAUAAAAGAUUCAGAUCAGUGGCUAUUUUCUCAUUUGCUCAAGGACGUGUAACAGACAGAACUAGUGUAAGAGCCCCUUUCUAUUCCACCAGCACAGAUCCUGCAUUCACAUACCAUCAUUGCAUACUGUAUUUCCUAGCAUGGGAUAAGCCAGAAUUCAUUAUUACUUUUUUUUUUUUUUUUUUUUAAACCAAUGCACCUUACUAAGCCUGUAACAUUCUUGUUGCUGUUACCUUGUACUCUCACACAAUCUACUAAUAUAUUAUGCAAUAUAAAAUCUGAAAACAGUAUCUGGUAAUUGUGUCAAAACAAUUAAUGAAUGUAUGUAUUCUUUGUUAGUCUCAGUGUUACUGUAAAAUAGAGUUUUACUAACUUAUAAAUCUUAGAACCAGACAUCUCUGCAUCAUCAACUGAAUGUGCUUUUCAAAUGUGAGUGAGCAGCAUGGAUAAUUUAAUGAACUUAAAAAAUAAAAAAAGCAUGCAUUGUGUUGUAUGCAUAACCAUGAAUUGUGUUUAUAAAAACUGUUAAUUUGCUUAAAGUUGUACUUCCCAUACCACAAGGGGUAAACACAAUGUUAAAAUAAUAAAGAAUAUUACAUUUUGUUGUGCAAAUGAACUUAUUUAGUAGUGGUGUGCAAACAAAGACUACACAGUAGUCUCUCACGAAUAAACCUUUAGGGAAAAAAUAGAGACAGCUCUAAAUGUUUUACACAUGGAAUUUUUUUUUUUUUAAUGAUAGCAUGGUCCAUUGGUCAUUUAAUAUUCUACUGGGGUCCAGGAUUCUGAAAGUCUGUUGUACCUGGACAUGUCAUAUUACUGUAACAUUUUUCAAAUACAAAUAUAACCAAUAAGAAAAAAAAAAAAAAAAAAACACACACAAAACGAACACAAAAACCCCAGUUGGUAAUCUCUAAGAAGUUACCCAACAGUAAAGGGGAGUUGGGUACACAAUGUGAGAGCAGAAUGGUUGACGGGCAAACUUCUUUAAUGUGUUCGGUAGGUAAAUACAUUUCAGAAAAUAACUUAGUGUCUUCAUUGAGAGGUUACAGACCCAUUUAGAAUGCGUACAAAGUCUUAAACACUACGUGAAGUAAAUAUGAAGUAAAUAACUGAGCAACAAACUCUGGCAAACAUUUCAAUGAGAAACAGCACCUUAUCUCAUUUGUAAUCUAGUUUCUUUUAAUUGCCACUGAAUGGGUGAUAUACUAUACAGUAGUAAUACAAGAGUGGUCAGGUUGACAGUCCUGGCCUCUUUUUAAGUGUGAAGAUCUUUAAGUUUUACUUAAAAUUUAAAACUGAAAAUUCAAUACCAUACUAUGGAUAGAAUAUGAAUAUGUACUAAAAUAAAAUGGGUAAAAAAAAAAAA